ACACAAUAUCUAAACAUGAAGUUCCUCAUCGCCUUCGUCGCCCUCUUCGCCCUGGCUUUGGCAGCGCCACCACAGAAAGAUGCUGUUGUAUUGCGUCAAGAAUCAGAUGUCAGCCCAACUGGCUUCAAAAAUGCCCUGCAGCUGGAUGAUGGUACUGUCUCUGAGGCCCAGGGUGAUCUGAAGCAGAUCGGAGAAGAGCAGGCUGUUGUCGUCAAGGGCUCGUUCUCCUUCGUUGCCGAUGAUGGUCAGACCUACUCCAUCAACUACAUCGCCGACGAGAACGGUUACCAGCCCCAGGGCGCUCAUCUGCCCGUCGCCCCCGUUGCCUAA